AUGACUGAAAAAGAUCAAUUAAAUUUUGCAUUAACAUGCAAAUGGAUUUAUGGAGUUUUCAGAAUUUAUCAUGUUGGUUACAAUUCACCUAGGUGGAUUCCUAUCAAUUUUAUUUCAACCGAUGGUGACUUAGGUGCUGCUUCGUCAUCACUGUUAGCUGCGGACGGUGAUCGGUUAGAUCCAAAUGUACCCCCCGCGGAAAAUUAUCGCGAUGGUGUAUUAGUGGAUGGCAAAUUAUAUCUAACAAUUCUUGAAGAAGAAUCACCAAUUUGUUGGAUCUUGGACUUUGACGAAGGAAAUCCUUUAUGCUGGACACGAGAAAAGGUUACAUUUGUCGAAUCCAUCUCAUUAUUUGAAGAUUCUAAUAAUGAAGUAUUGAAACCUUCGGAAGAUUAUGUUGAAGACAAUAUUAAUGUUAGCAUUCCUAAACAGUUAAAAAGCAAAUAUCAACCGUUACGAUCAACGAUCGCUACAGCAAUCUCGCCAAUUAUUUAUUUAUUUGGUGGAGAAUGUUUAAAUACCGGAGAACCCAGUGGGACAUUAUAUGAAUUAAACACGAAAGACAUGAUCCUUAGUGAAGUUAUGGGUCAAGGUGGUGAUUUACCUCCCGCGCGUAAAAUGCAUUCUUUGAAUGUUAUAAACGAUAGUUGUUUGGUGUUAUUUGGUGGAAGAUGUAAUAUGAAUGAUGUUGAUAAUCCAAGAGAGUAUGACACUAGAGAUUUUUAUAUUUACGAUAUACCAACAAAAACUUGGACGAGUUAUCGGGACUCAAAUGUUCAUGUUCCAUAUCCUAGAUCCUAUCACUCUACCACUGUUAUAAAUUCUUCUUUAUACAUUUACGGAGGGCAACAAAUAACAUCAUCUUCAACACCUCAUUCUCAAAUCCAUGACGAUGAAGAUUUAUGGUGCUUCACAUUUAGUAAUAAUCCUGUCGAAAUUGCGGAAGAUUCAGCGGAAGAAGGACAAAAAACACCUCAAAGCAGUUCAAGUAGUCGUAGCGGUGCGAGUCGUAUUUCAUCAUCAUUUCAACAAGAAAGGUGGCAAAAAUUAUUUUCUCCAAGAAAUUUUACUUCAACCGCAUUUUCAAGUGGAAUUAGAGGAGUAUGGCAUGCUACUACUGGAAAGUGUGUAGGUAGAAGGCGCGGCGCGGCAAUGUUUAGUGUUGGAAAUCGAGUUGCAGUUCUAGGAGGUUAUGAAAGAGAUAAUUGGAAAUGUUGCGUUAAUGAAAUCACACAACUUUCAGAUCGAAUUGAUGGCGAAUACUUUGAGCGUACUCCAAACGAAGAUGAAAAAAGUAAAAGUAAUAACGAGCAACAAGAGUCUGGUACUACCUUUAAUUUCAUAAAUAAACAAAAAAAACAUAGAGGAGUGGUCAAGGAAGAGAUAAAAGAACGAAAACAUUCAAAACAAGAAAAACCUUGGGAAUUAUGCAAAUUAUAUUUACCUGAUAAAAAAAGAUGGGAUCAGGUUCAAAUCGUUGAUUUGCCUGAAAUGGAGUGUGUCGCUAUUACCAAGGAUCAUACUAAUAGACCGUUCGAUGUUUUCGUUAUGGGCCGAAGAAGAGGAGAUACCGAAGAACAAGGAAUGAUUAUGGGAUGGAUUAGAGAACUUUCCAGUAUUUAA